AUGUUAUCGGAAGCUGUGUUAUGUGAGGCACGAGAUGACAUCCUCAAUAGAAUCUUGAUUAUAUUGAAAUCACUGUAUCGGGUGUUGAAGUACUGCGAGCACCUGCACGGAAAAUGGUACUUCAGCGAGAUACGAGCCAUAUUCUCCAGACGUUACUUACUGCAGAGCGUCGCUAUAGAGAUGUUCCUAGCAAGUCGGACGUCCAUAUUCUUCGCCUUCCCCGACCAAGCCACAGUAAAGAAAGUGAUCAAGGCACUUCCUCGUGUCGGCGUCGGCAUCAAGUAUGGUAUCCCGCAGACGAGGAUAUGA